CGUAUACUCACUUCCGAAGUUCAAAGGAUUUGCCGCGAAACAGCUACCCUUCGAUAACUAAGAUAUCUAGGUGUUCUUCACAUUAUAACAGAGACCCUGUGUUGCAUAGGAGAUUGAGCAGCAGAGAAGGCGUUUGAAGAUGGAGUCUGUACCGCUAGAUAUGGAUGGGAUCUUCGCAAACGGAGAUGACAAUGAGGGAGACUUCCCCUCAGUACUGCCGGAUCUCCCGGCGGAGUUGCAGCCCCUGGGGGAAGAAGACGAUGAUGUGCCCCUUAGUCAGGACCCAGAAAAUGCUGAAGUGCUGGCCAAGUUGAAGGGGAUGAGAGGUGCAGGCAAGAAGGUGGUGAGGCGACCACAGCCUAAACUAGAUGCCACAAGACUGAGCGGAGACAGAGGAAUUCCUGUUCUACCUCGGGUUUUCAAGGAUGUCAAGUUCAAAGGUCGAGGUCAUGAGGCUGAAGACCUGAGGGUGAUGAUGAAGUACCUGGAACACUGGGCUCAUCGUCUGUUUCCCAUGAUGCCCUUUGACGAGGUGUUGGAGCGCGUUGAAAAGCUGGGUACCAAGAAGGAGGUGCAGACGUGCAUAAAGAAGAUGCGCCUUGACAUACCAAUCCUGAAGGAGGACUUUGAGGAUAACAACGAAGAUGAUAAGGAGGAAGAAGAGACCGAGGCAGAGAGACCAGUUCGUCGGGGUCAACAAGAUUUUGAUGCAGAGGAGGCAUUCGAUGAAAUUAUGCGAGAAGAACAGGAGAAGAGGUCGCAAUCCCAGCAGGCCCCCCUCACCUCCCUACUAGCCACACCUACCACCCCUGCAGCAGAGGCCAGGGCACCUGUCACCACGCCCAGCACCACCCUCAAUAGCACACCUAACGGUAUGACGCCUGAACAGAAGGAGAGGAUGGAGAGAAACAAACGACUGGCCAUGGAGAAGAGGGCUGCCAGGCUAGCUCAGAAGACAACUGAUACAAAUAAAGAGUCUGUGGGAUCUGAUGUUUCCCCUGCUGUUAUGUCAACCCCGGCUGAACAGACAGAAGAAUCCAAGCACACAAGCGUAAAGGAGGGGUCGGAUACAGACCAUUCUUCUAAACAUACUGAACAAGUUGAUAGUCUGACACAAGACAGUACUUGCCAACCAUCUUCCAAGGACCCGAUCAUAAGCAGUCCUACAACUUGUAAGGAAAGUGUUGACAACACCGAGGGCACACUGCCUGUUAACAGGUUCUCGGAACACGCCACGGACAUGGAGGUAGAUGAGGCUGAUGAAGCCAAAACAACAACCCAUGGGCCUUCUGGAGAGUCGAGUUGCCCUUGGGAAAUAGGAGGCAAGAAGUUAUGUUCUGAAAAUUCAAAAGUUGAGUUGCCCGAAGCUACAACAGAAGAGUCAGCCAAUGAUUCUCAUAAAGACAGUUUGGAAAAUAAUCUGCAUCAAGUUUGUGAGUCAUCAGGUACAAAUGUACAUCAGGAACAAUCUGAUAAGCAAGGAUUAUCAAAACCAGAUGAACCGAUUGUAGGCAGCACUAAGUCGGCAGAACAGUCCACAGAAGACCCCCAAGUUGAUGAGCAGCAGACAGCAGAUCAGAUUAUGGAUGGUCUAGACAGUGAUUAAGUUCUAAAACAGGAGGACAAAGUAAUUAAAGUCAAGGGCACAUCUUACAGUCAUGUUAGUGCUGCAGAUGUCUUCUCUUCUUUGACACAACGAUGAUAGAACAUAAUGUUAAUUGAAACCUAAAUAUGCAGGGGUUUAUCUAGGCCUUACCAGAGACUUGUACUUCACUGAUGCUAUAAUGCAAAAUUUAGGUUUUGUAUACAGUGAAUACAUUGGUAAAAUACCUCUGAAUUGAAGAAAAUAGGACUUGAUACUUUUACCAUUAGCUCGGAGUCUGUAUACUAUGUCUGGGUGGGGAAUCCGUGUUUAACUGUGGCCUGUUAUCUCAGUGGGUCAGCACUAUAAAAGUACAAGCAGACACACAGUGCAACACACGCAUGCAUGUACGUAGCUACAUAAGUGAAAAAAUCUUUAAUGCAACGUCCACCUCACCUCAUCCUUGGAUACAGUGUAUCUACAGGUUACUCAACUUUCUCAAUGUUUUACAUAUUAAUGAAUCAUUACUUAACAAAUAAUACUUCCAUCCUAUGAUGCUACUCAAGACUUGGAGUAAAUGUAUUGGUAGUCCAAUCGUGGACAUCCUAUAGGGACAUCCUGUAAAUUAUGGUCAACAAUCAACAAUGCUGUUUUUGUUUGAUUUAAUAUAUACCCAAGGCUCUGCCUUGGAUUUACAGAGGAUAUGAACAUGCUUCAUGAACUAUUAAAUUACAGACAUCAUUAAAUCUA